AUGUUGUGCAUUAUUGUUGCCACUUACUCUGCCAGAAUUUCCAGUGUUAGUCCAUGGGAAGAUACUAGGAGAACAAGCACCGUCAGCGUGGCGCACGCACACCUCAAUGCCUGCCAUCGUUCUCAAACACACUCUGCGGCAGCAAAAGGACAGCCAUCGCGCGCUCCGCGUUUCAACAUUGUGACGGGAUUCCUCGCCUCGCCGGCUUCAGUGACCCCCAACCUUCCCAUGUUCAGCUACACAUCCGUCGGGUACGGCCUGCUGGUGCUAUCGAAGCUGAGCUUACUCUCGGACACCGCGACGAAGGGCCAGGCAGUCGACGUCCACCCCAAAGAUAUCCACAACCUCGGCCUGGCUGCUAUGCAGAGGAUGGAGGCGACGUCCCGGGGGAAGAUGACGUCUGGGAUCAUUGCCGCGCAGUGA